UUACAAUACUUUUAUAGUAAUAACUAUUAACUAAUAUUAUAAUGUAUUAUUAAUAUUUAAUUUUAAUAUUACUGUACUUACAAGUAUACGACUGCUACAAAUACUGAAGUACCUUAGUACCUAAAAAAUUAUAUUUUUUUUUUUUUUUGAAAACAUGACAUAGACCAUAAUUGAAAACUGCUUUUAUUCGAUGUGUCCAAAUAUUUUUUCGAUUUCGUUCUUGUCAACUGUAGUGGCAACUGUUACAUAAAUUUCAUAUGUAAAAGUGCAUCUUAUGUUUAUAAUUUUUUGUUUUUGUUUCCAAUGAUCUUAAUACUAUAAUAAUGUUCCAUUUGUUUUAUUUAACAAGACUGAAGACUGUUUUUGAAUUGAUCAAACACAAAUUAAAUGAAUAUACAUAUUAUUAUUUGAUAUUGCUUCUCGCUUCUUCUAUAAUUUACAAUGAAUGGUUGGUUUAUUCACUGUAUGCAAGUAAAUGGCCAACAUUAUAUUGUGGUAAUGAGAAGUUCUGCAAAACAAUCUUACUAGUUGCUGAUCCACAAAUAUUAGGGGAGGAAAGAGAAAAUAUAUUAGCACGCUGGGAUAGUGAUCGAUAUUUAUUCAAUACAUAUGGUCGAGCAUUGCAGCAUGUGAAGCCUGAUAAUGUUAUAUUUAUGGGUGAUUUAAUAGAUGAAGGAUCAUUAGCUGAUCAAAAAACUUUUGAAAGAUAUUUACAUAGAUUUAGUAAAAUAUUUUUUUUAAAAAACACAGUUCCUCUUGCAUCUAAGAAUGUAAUUUUUAUCCCAGGUGAUAAUGAUAUUGGUGGAGAUGAAGAAAUUGUAAUUCGUGAAAAAAUUGAUAGAUUUCAUCUUUACUUUGGUUCGCCUGGAAUAAUUGAAAAUGAAGAAAUAGAAUUUGUCAUGGUAAAUCAACUGAUAGAUUUAAUGCCAACAAACAUCAACCCUACAAAUCGAACAAAUACUAUGAAAAUUAUGUUUUCACAUAUUCCUUUGACAACAAAAUGGACAAAAUUCACAGAUAAAGUUAUUAAUGAGUUCAAAAGUGAAUUUAUAUUCUCAGCUCAUGAUCAUUCAUCUUUCAAUUUUAUUAGUGACAUUAAAAAAAGAAAACAUACAUAUGUUCAAAGGCUUGAACGUAACAGUUUUGAUGAAAUGUCCAGUGCUCAAUGGAGGUUUGGACAACAGUCACCCAAUUCAGUCAGUGAAAUAAUAGUGCCAACCUGUUCAUAUAGAAUGGGAUCAAAUAAUGUAGGAUAUGGUGUAUUAACAAUUGAUACAUUCAGACACUCUGUCACAUACACUAUUUUAUGGCUUCCAUCAAGAUUUGCUUGUCUCUAUGUGUACCUGUAUGUUUUAAUAUUAUGCAUUAUUUUGUAUUUCUUACAUUUAAUUACUAGAAAUAGCAAAACAAUCAUAUACAGGGUUAUGUAACCAUUUAAAUAUAGAAUGCACAUUAUACAUUGCAUUUAAUUAUAAUAUUGAUAUACUUAUAAGGUUAACUUUAAGUGAUGAUUUUUUGAAUACUAAAAUAAUGUAUUACAAAAUAAACUUAACUAAAUAAAACGACGCACAAAAAUAUAUACUUUAAUAAUUUUUUCAAAAUGUAAAUAAGAUAUCAUUUUUUAUGACAAUCCUUUUUCUAAAUAUGUAUUUAUCAUUACUUUUUCAUUAAUAAUACCAAUUGUAUUUGUUAUAAAA